AAAGCGGACAAGACUUGAAGAAGUGGAAAUCGUUCUCUGGAGAUGUGUUCAAUCAAACAAAAUCCACACCUACUCGAAAAGUCAUGCAAGUGGUGCCUGAAAGAAAACGCGUGUGGUCCCUCGCCAGGACCCGAGGAAGGAAUUGUUCUCGGACUAAACAAUUCGGAAGAGCGUAAAGAUCUCCGCACUAGCCAAGUGCCCCAGCGGAGGGUGAACUGUGCACUUGGAACGCCUUCGACCACAGUCAAUAUCAGGACCACCACUGUUGCGCGCUGGCACUCGCCGGGAGGGAGGUGUACGAAAGUGGAGCUCCUGAAGUCGUAGUCAUCCAGGAGAUGCGAUCAGAUUAGAUCCGCCUCUAUUUUAGCCCGACGCAGCGUCUCCAAGCUCGGGCCCGGAUGGCAGCAUGCAGCAGAUGAUGGAGUUGGUGGUGUGGGCGUAAAGGGUACAGUAGGAAAGUCGUAGACGGUCAGUGGAGGUUUCGGAAGAGGAUGAGGCCGAGGAGACGGUAUUCUUUGUGUGCACUGUGGGGGAAUUCGAUUCGGAUUCAGGGAUUGAUUGUUGCGAAAGCUACAACACGCUAGGGCUCUGCCAGAUCGGCCCCGGCUAUGGAUGCCUGUCGCGUCCGUCUGCACAGCCAGCACUGGGGCAGGGCCGGGGCCAGCGCGGCCAGCCAGGCCAACACGGUACAACGUCAUGCCAACUAAGUGCUAUCAUGUGGGCAUGUUGUCCUCCCCCGCUCCACGGCAACAGCGCGCUUUCUAACCUGCUCGGAGAAAAAAGGAGCGAGAAAGAUAAGCGAGCGGAGGAUCGGAUGAGAUGGAGGGCAUUUGGCAUUGUUUAGAGAAGAGGACUCGUCUCAUCAUUGGGGAGGGCGAAUAAUGGGGCCGAAUGAGGCCCCCCGGGCCCCGGAGCAAGAGAGAAUCCUGGCUCGCUCUGCGUGAGACAACUUCCUCGGCUCUUGUCUUCACCUGAUCACCAUUUGCUGCGCGACGAGGGUGCCCCGAAUCGGAAGCUCUCAUUGGGCUCUGGGGAACCCGUCCAUGACGUAAACUCGGGCUACAAUCCGCGACUCCCGAACACUGGAAAGCUCACGUGUUGGACAUGAAAUCGAAAGGCCUUAUCAAUCAGCCUCAUCCUCCGCUUUUGACUUACAUACUAUUCUUUCCUCGUGGCACAUGGGCCCCGUCGCUUUCCUUGCAGAACCCAUGAAAAUUUUACCGCCCUCCGUCCCGCCCUCGAGCCCGCGCGCUCCCGCC